GCCCAUUCAGAGUCGUUCAUUCAGACGUACAGCACAGCUUAUCACAUUCAAGUCGUAUUACGCGCAACAAAAUGAAUACGAUUAAGACAAGUUUAUUCGCGUUGGCGAUUUUAAGCACUCACGCUUUGGUUUAUGCUCAGUGUAGCUGUGGCAGCGUUGGUUUCCCUACACCAUCGUCUUUGCCGUUACCACCAUCGUCUUUGCCGUUACCACCAUCGUCUUUGCCGUUACCAAUACCGACAGCUCCUUGUGGCUCACCUCUUCCUGUCCCUGCGCCACAACCAAUGCCUUUGCCUUUACCAGUGCCUCAACCACCAGCAACUGUUCCGCUUGUCCCAAAGCCCAAGGUGUAUAUUAAUAAGCAAAGCCCGAUCGUGAUUAAUCGCAAACAACAAAGUUUCGUUGUUAACGCAGGCCAACCAGUCAUCAUUAAACCAGCGCCAGUAAUAAUUCAAAAGCCAGGUCAAUCUGAAUACCGACCAUACGUUCAAACUGUUACGUCGGCUCCAAUUGUUGUGGAUAAAAAGAUCAUCAAGAUUGAACGACCGAUCAUCAAGAAAUUCUAUCAUGAAGCCUACUCACAAACUCUCCCAGCUGGGCCCGAUACAAUUCCAAUCACACCAGUCUUGCCAUCUCCCUGCGAUAACUUAGCUAACCUUGCUCCUGGAUCCCCAGGCUUACCAGCUGCUUUGCCCGUUCCUCCUUCAUCGCCGGUUGAACCUGUGAUGCCAGGUCUUCCAGCAUCCCCAUUGUCAGGUUAUCCAGGUCUUCCAGCAUCCCCAUUGUCAGGUUAUCCAGGAUCCUCAUUGCCCGCACCGAUUACAAUUCAGCCAGCCGCCUCUGUACCCACUGAAAUUUCCGCCCUUCUCGCUGGCAUGACACCAUUCAUGCCAGCUUCACCUUCUGCUUCACCUGCUGCUCCACCAGCCGGUGCACCAUGCGGUUGCCCAUUGUAUUAAUUUUCAUAUGAAAGUGAUUUUUGAUAAAUAAAAAAAGAAAGAAACGAAAAAUUGAAAUACAAAGUGUCCUUUGUCU